AGUCGGCAUAGUGCUCAGUGCAAGUCAAGUAGUGUUGUUUAAAAGUGCUCGAUGGUGUCCAGCAAUUUGGAAGGGCGUUUAAAUGAGACAAACAGAGACUAUAUAAAUAUUGAUGACGAGCGGGAAUUUUACACUAAUCAUUACAAUAUAUUGCGCAAUGUAAUCUACAACGAAUUAAAGAAGGAGAUGCCACUGUCCAAGUGGUUAUGUGGACACAAAUUGGGCGGAAGUUAUGCAGACAAUUUAAAGAUAGCAAAACCCGAUGAGUUCGAUUUGUUGAUUAUUCUGAAAUUUCCCGUGAACAAUCUGAUUAUUGUGAAGAAGGACACAAGAAAGCCGGGCAAUGUUACCUUGGACAUGACGAAGGUGCUAGAAUUGCUGCAAUGUCAUCCGCCACACAAAGACAUGUAUCAGGAACUGAAAAGAUUGGUUACGCCCGAGAAUUUUCUGCUCGAGGAUAAGCUGCAGAGCAUGAUAAGUGGUGCUGUGACACGGGCUCUAAGUCGAAUGAGCUACGAAAUUAAUGUCAAUGGCAAGGACGCGAGAAUUGUGUACAAGAGAUGUGGUCCAGCACACACGAUGUACAUCAAUGAGCCGGAUAUCAAAUACUCUGUGGAUUUUGUGCCAGCCAUUAGAUUAGAUGCGGAACAGAAUAUUCUCAGCCCGGAGAAACGUGAAUAUUUCAAGGACACUCGCUAUUGGGAAGCAAUACCCAAACCCAUGAAACCCUUCGAAAAGGAUAAUGUCUCAUUCCGUGCGUCCUACUAUGAGGCCGAGCUUGCAAUGCUCAAGAACAAAUACCGGUUGAAGGACGCAGUAAGAUUCAUGAAGAAAUUCCGUGAUAGCCAUCCAAAUAUGAACAAUCUGAAAAGUUACUAUAUCAAGACCCUAUUUCUGUGGCAAGUGACGAAGAAGCCUGAUUACUAUUGGAGUAUGGGGCAGCUAAAGGACAUAUUGAUCGAUAUGUUUCGAGAGCUGAAAAAAUCACUUGCAACAUCCAAUAGGAAUGGUAAGCUGCCUUUCUUCUGGGACCCCCAACUGGAUUUGUUUGGGAGCUUCAAUCAAAACCAACGCGAUCAAAUGUUCAAUUGCGUUGCGAAGAAGCUGUAUACGCUGGAGAGAGCCGAUGGCAACCUGACGGAUGACAUCGAUCUGAAUGUGACAUCCUCGUUCAGUACACGUUGGGACCGAGGCGCUCCCAUGAUCAAUCGAAAUUUGGUGCGAGGCGGUUCUCGGCAGGAGGAGAUAGUGGAACAACCACUUUGGGAGCGAGUCUAUCCUAUGCUCGAGGAGAUGGUGGAACAACCACUUAGAGAGGUAGGGGAACAACCUGAUUCCUCCUGGAAAUGUGUCAUUGCCUAAUGGAAAUGUUCGAAAAAUGUGCUUUAGAUGUAGACGCGUGAUGUUCCCUCCCGUUUGGUUAAGUCACUUACAGGCCGCCGCCGGAGCGAUCGACGCUGAUCUUCUGCUUGAGAUUGGCCGCCUCGUGCUUCUGUUCCUCCAGCUCGGCCAUGCGAGCAAAACGGGAAUAGGCCACAUCGCCCGUCUUUAUCGCUGACAUCAUCUGUUGAAUUCCCAAUGUAUUCAAUUCAGUUUUAUACCCAAAUGUCAAAGAUAUAUAAAUAUGUUUGUACACCA